UUCUAUCUCGACGGUUCCCUCUCCUCGCUGCUCGACCCCGUCGCGUUUUCGCGGGAGCAGUAUACGUAGUUCCGCGACAUGCGUGGGAUGGAGCCCGCCGAGCUCUUGUGUGUGGAUCCCGACCUAUGCCUUCGGUCGCUACGCCACAAGCAAGUUCGCGUCCCUCCUGCCUCCCCGCGCGGAGGAGGCCAUCCUAGGCGACGGUGAGCACCGGAGGGUGGUGACCGGCGGCGCGCACCCGAGGACUCCGUUCUAUGGUGAGUUCCUGCGCGCGGCCAAGGCCUUGUGGAUGCUGCACAUGCUGGCGUUCAUGCUCAUGGAGCAUGGCCGGCGCGCCCCCUCACGCGGGCGCUGGCAUGGUCCUCGGGUUCGCGGUCGCGCAUAGCGUCGGCGGCUCCAGCAACGCCACGGGGAGCUAGUGCACGGUCACUCUACGACGACCUGUACCUGGGCGCGACCUACGAUUGCUCGUCCAAGCCGCAGUGCUCCAAUGCUAGCAGCGGCGGCGUCGUCCAGUGCGGCGUGGUGGCCAGGAGCAGGCGACGGCCGCGACGGCGGCUGGGCCCCGUUGGCCCACACCUGGCAUUAGGGUCCUGGACGCUGAGACGAGAGCAGGGAAACGAGACGUAAGAGCUCGUCGAGUUGUGCCUCGGCGGAGGAGAGCUCGGCCGAGAUGGAAGAUGUGAGGGUAGAAAGGAUAUUUCAUGUUCAUUUCCACAUCAGCAUAGAUCAAAAAAUAUAAAAGCCAGGUGCCAGUGGAAAAGAGCUUGGUGAGAGUGUUUCUUAGUCCAGUGGUAUUUUAGUACAACAGCUUGAUGAAUAUUAUUUGGAAAAUUAUCAUUCGAUAGAGUAAAAAAAUAAUUAACCCGGCCCCACCGCCACCGACCAAGCCGAGGCUGGCGACCGCAUCGACGAUUGAGCCGAGGAGUCUGGCCUGGCAAGGGAGGAAGGAGGAGUUGUGAGGAGGACGUCACAAAAGAGGAGAAGCUUUGCCUGAUCAAACCUGCCAGUAAGGACGAAUCCAAGCACACGCCCCCCACCCCCCCCCCCCCCCCCCACCACUGGCUCAAAACCGAACACCAGCGCACCCAAACCCCGCCCGCGUCUCCUCGCCGAGAAGAAUCUUCGCCUUCUCGAAGCCUCUCCAGUCUCCCCUCCCCGUUGCCUCCGCCUCCGCCUCCUCUUCCGCGUCGGGAAGCGAUGCAGCUAUAUCACCACCCCUAUUCGCUGGACAGUCAGAAAGUGCGGAUGGCACUGGAAGAGAAGGGCAUCGACUACACCUCUUAUCAUGUCAAUCCACUGACGGGCAAAAACAUGAAUGUGGACUUCUUCCGCAUGAACCCCUCCGCGAAGCUCCCUGUCUUCCAGAAUGGAGCUCACGUCAUCUAUCGUGCCAUAGAUAUUAUUCAGUACAUAAACAGACUUGCGGUGCAUUUAAGCGGUGAAAUUACCUCUGUGAAUAUUGAAGUUCACCAUUGGAUGCAGAAAGUUGAUGCUUGGAAUCCUAAGAUGUUCACCAUCACACACACCCCAGCAAAGUACCGCGUGUUUGUCUCCAAGUUCAUACGGCGGGUGUUGAUUGCUCGCAUGGCUGAAGCCCCAGAUUUAGCCAGCAUGUACCAUGUCAAGCUCCGUGAGGCUUACGAGAAGGAAGACAAAGUGAAGGACCCUGACAUCAUGAAGCAAAGCGAGGAAGAACUGAGCAAACUCCUUGAUGACGUUGAAGCACAGCUCAACAAAACCAAAUAUCUUGCUGGCGAUGAAUUCUCACCUGCUGAUUCGAUGUUUGUCCCUAUUCUUGCGCGCAUAACUCUUCUGGACCUCGAUGACGAAUACAUCAGCUGCAGACCCAGGAUACUCGAGUACUACACUUUGGUGAAGCAGCGGCCAAGCUACAAGGUUGCCAUUGGCAAGUACUUCAACGGGUGGAAGAAGUACCGGACUCUCUUCAAGACCUCGUUCUUCCUUUGCGUCCGGACCUUGUUCAGGAAAUACUAGAUGGUUUAGCAGUUGCAUAGUUAAAUCAAUAGCCGCUGGAAAUAUGACCUGUAAAUGUUUUUGUGCUUUUCUCGAAGGGAUUGUUUCUGGUAGUCCCUUAGAGUUUUGUUUUCAUUUGUGAAACCAAGUGCAUUUGUUUGCUUGUAUAUUUCUGCUUUCGUGUUGUAUAACUAUAGAAUCUGGGUGUUGCAUUCUUACAUGAUAGUUUUAUGUACACAUUUUAGUUUUUCUCA